CUUGGGCAACGGUAUCUUGUUAUUAUAAUGUAACGUAGCGUAACAGGUGGAAAUUAAUGUUAUGGGCGAGCACUAUAGCUCUCUCUAUAGUCAGUGAACAGAAAAGAGAAACCGUAACAUCGUACUCGUACUUGUGAGGUGUAUGGAUACAUGUGAAUCAACUUUGACGAGUUAACCUUAUAAACAAUGGAGAAGGAAGCGAACAAUUCCGUCGUCUUCAAUGCCUCAAAAAAAGAACUUUUUACCAUGAACAAUGGAUACAAAUCCAUGCAGAAGAGACUGCGAGCUCAAUGGAAAAUCCAGAGUAUGAAAGAAGAGCUGUCUUUGGAGAAGCUGAAGGGCGUCAAGUUGUGGAUAACUGCAGGCCCAAGGGAGAAGUUCACAGCAUCAGAGCUGGAGAUGCUGAAGCACUACCUGGAUGGAGGAGGAAACGUCCUGGUCAUGCUCGGUGAAGGAGGAGAAAAUAAAUAUGACACCAACAUCAACUUUCUCCUGGAGGAGUUUGGAAUUAUGGUUAACAAUGAUGCUGUUGUGAGGAAUGUGUAUUAUAAAUACUUCCAUCCUAAGGAGGCUCUUGUGUCCAAUGGUGUAUUGAACAGAGAGAUCAGUCGGGCUGCUGGCAAAGUGGUCACAGGAAUCAUUGAAGAUGAAAAUGUUGGAAACAAUGCACAAGCUCUCACGUUCGUGUACCCAUAUGGAGCCACGCUGAGUGUGAUGAAGCCUGCUGUGGCUGUUCUUUCAACUGGCUCAGUCUGCUUCCCCCUCAACAGGCCUGUCCUGGCCUUCUAUCAGGGAAAGGAGGCUGGCAAACUGGUUGUGCUGGGUUCCUGCCACAUGUUCACUGACCAAUACAUAGAGAAAGAAGAGAACAGUAAAAUCUUGGAUGUCGUGCUUCAGUGGCUCAUGACUGAUAAUAUUCAGCUGAACCAGAUUGAUGCGGAAGACCCAGAGAUAACAGAUUACACCAUGUUGCCGGACACAGGGUGCCUGUCAGAACAGCUCAGAGUGUGUUUGCAAGAGGGUGAUGAAAACCCCAGGGACUUCACCUCGCUCUUUGAUAUGUCUUUGUUCAACUUGUCAACUGACACUUUACCUCAAGUCAUCAGUGCUUACAAGCAACUGAAUGUCAAAAAUGAGCCACUUCAGCUGAUCACACCACAGUUUGAGACCCCUCUGCCUCAGCUUCAGCCUGCUGUCUUUCCACCUGCCUUAAGUGAUUUACCUCCACCCAUGUUGGACCUGUUUGAUCUAGAUGAAACGUUCUCUUCUGAGAAAGUGCGCCUCGCGCAGCUCACCAAUAAAUGUACAGAUGACGAUCUUGAAUUCUAUGUGCGGAAGUGUGGUGAAAUUCUGGGCGUGACGCCAAAGUUGGAUAAAGAUCAUCGGGAUGCCAAGCACAUCUUGGAACAUAUUUUCUUCCAGGUUGUAGAGUUUAAAAAACUCAAUCAGGAGCAUGACAUCGACGCUGAGGCACAAUUCGCUCCGUUGUGAUUGGAUUCAAGCAACACAUUUAAUAUUUUCAACUCUGCCUUUUCAAUUUACUGUAACAUGAGUAAGCAGAUGUGAGUAUAUUCAAGUAAAGGACGAGGUAAUGAGACUGUUACUGUUGAGUUUCAAAACUGUAUAAAGUUAUUCAUCUUUUUAUACCUUUAUGGGAAAAUGUAAUAUUGUAAAAAUACGCAAAUAAAGCCAUUUACACUUUUAUUUAUUUAAAUUUUAAAAACUUUUUGUUGUAGGAAGUUGAGCUCUCUGCAGUCCUCACACAUGGAUCCUGUAAAACAAAAACAAAUCAAAUUGCUACUGUGUGGCUUUACAGAUGUUGCCAUAGCAUAAAAUGAAUAUUUUAAAUUUGUUAACUGAGCAUCUUACCUUUUUAUUGUUAUCCAAUGUUUUAAAAUCCACUUUGAUAUGUCAUUGAUGGAUGGUGGGUGCAGAGGCAGAUGCGAUCAUUUACAGCUGUAAAUUAUUUUCUCCUUCCAGACCUCUGAAUUUUCUCCAUGUUAAGUUUGUUGUUUCGGGGACAUUCUUUGUCAUAUCAGGGAGAAACUUCAGCAAGCGAAUGUUGUGUAGACUGGGGUUUUGGACUCCAUGUUAACUCCAGGGCACUGGAUUCGAUGCAGGGUUUAGGACUGUUGCUCUCUGAUUUAAUCAAAGACACAUCCCAUGACAUUUGAGAGGCGGUGUUAUCACUGAACGACUGGUCAGAACAAGCAGCCUUUUUUUGCUUUUGAAGGAGCAUGUAGGGAGUGGAGGACUUUCCCUGUAAAGGAACGGCCAGGUGACAAUUCUCCGUCUCUUGAGUGUUCAAGCUGUUCAUUGAAGUUGCCUGAGAGGGAGAAAUGGGGUCUGAUGACAGGCAGAGAAAAGCCAAGGCGGACAGCCUGGCAUCAGAUCCAUCAGCUAGUGUUUCAUUUGAUGCCCUUGAUAUGGAUAGUUGGUCCAGCGACAAAGCAGACAGCAAGCUCUGUUCUCCAAAAAACUUCCUGUCAAGCUCCGAUGGAGAUGAACACUCAAAGCUUUUCAUAUCUAGGAGGUAUAAUGUUAGAUAUUACUUAGAAUUAUGUCGUCUGAGCAGACGUAAAUGAAUCAAAUCUCCCUUCAGAAUAAAUCCAGUUUUCUUACCUUUAAUGACAAAACCUUUGUCCAUUGUUUCCCUGGGCCUGUGAGCGGUGACUGAGUUCCAGGUGGGUUUUAAACUGUGGCUGCUGCACGUUAAUUGACUCAGCUGGAGUUUGACUAGGUCAUCAGUCUGAAGGAGGUGGGAGAGCACCUCUCAAGCCUCACAAGCAAUGUAAGGCAGAUCAGGUGCAGGCUAAUUU